AUGUCAACCUCGCUUCUUUGUGAAGCGAUCGCUGACGAGAAACUCGUUUGCGGGAGUAUUCGAUGGUUGCAAGAAGUGAUGGUUCAAGAUUUCCACGAAAACGAGAGCAACUCAUUCACAAAUUUCAACGGAUUAGCUGACAUUGAUUCCUCUGAUCGUGCCUGGUUUUUGCGGGGAAUGUUGUUACAAAUCUCACAGGAUUGUGCUGCAUACACUUGUGUGAAAAACGACGAAGCUUGGAGCCGACUUUACGAGUAUUUCUACGACUUUGAGGAGAACGAUUUGACUGAUUUGAGAGCCGUUGCAGCGCUGGCUUAUAUGGCGACAAAUGCGACGAAUCACGUGCUAAGGCAGAAAUUGAAUGCAUCGAUUAAAGAAAACGUUUUCCCCUAUUGGGAAGCCGGGCGCAGAUCGCGUAACGUGCUCGAUCGGCUGCAGAACGGGCAACAGAAUUUCUUCAACUUGAAAGGGAUCAAGAGUGGUGACGUGCUGGUGAACGCAUUGGGAGUGCUUGCGUUUGUCGGUCGAAGUGUCGAUGUGCCAAAGUUGAUGGAUUUCGACUCACUCGCCGAUUGGAUUUACGAGCAAAAGAAAGAGGAUGGGACUUAUGAAAAUGCUUUGGACACUUAUUUCGCAGCUCGUGCCCUUUACGAGUACCGUAGUCGGAAAGUCGACAUCGGGCCGCCGAAUGAGAAUCUCAUUGUUGAGAUCUCGGCUCCGCAUUUUGCCAAGAAAAUUGUUAAUGUUACUGAUACGUCAAUGCUGAUUUAUCUGCCGACAAACGUUCGAAAUAUCACAAUCAAAACAAAAGGCUUUGGUAAAGUAAAGGCCGGGAUUCGUGUAUUAGCUGCAAGGCGACAACGAAAUCGAAGAGAGCUUUCGGAGCCGGAUCUUCCAAUCAAAAUGACUGUUAAUCAGCAAAAAGAUCAACAACGAGAUAUCAUUAUGCAGACUGUUUGUUUAACUUCUUUGUCUCCAUUAAUCGACACUUUCGAGAUCGUUCACGGGCUUUUCACCGGUUUCACAACUUACUUUGACAAGGUGGAAAUCGUUGGGCAAUCCGAUCUCAAAAUGAUCAAUCUGCCGAUGGUUUCCUCGUAUGCGAUUCAUAUGACCGUUCAGCUGAACAAAACGAACACACAAGGAUGUUAUAAAGUAGCCGUUUUCCCGCCAAAUCAUCCCCAUGAGCCGACCUCUUUAGCGCCGGUGGAGAUCAGUUGUCGACAUCCAGUAAAUGAUAUCGUUGGUCAAGUGUUGAUCUCACAUCCAGAUGCGGUGGCUCGGGGGAAAACAAAACGAAACGCCGCCGUGCACGCCGUUUUGAGGCUGAGAAAGCAUUCAUCCAAACGGCGAGCUCGUGCCGCAAUCGAUGAAACGAUCGAGUCUGUGUGUUUCAAUGGUGGUCAGUGUACUUGCGGUGAAAGUACUUGUGCGGUUCGGUGCAAUUCCUGUCAACGAUCCACCCCGCAAAGCGUUCGGAAAGAGAUCUGUCGAGAUGGGGCUUUUGGUAUCUUCGGUAAACUCAUCGAAAAGCGUGAAUCCACUAUUUCUGUCGGUUCUUCAACUGCCAUUUACAAUAUCUAUAAGAUGCAUGUUUUGCAAACGUUGAUGAGAGAUGAGAUAAUCGAAAUGAGAAAUAAUCAAAUCGAGAUCUGGUUGAGGAAAUGCAAUCAACGAUGCAAUAAAGAUAUUUCGAUAAACAAAGAAGAAUCGUAUUUUGUGAUCGGUGACAGAAAUGAUUUAAUUGUGGAUACGGAUGCUAGAACAAACUACGUGCUCCGAUUGACGGAUCGUUUCGAAAAAUCGGUUUCCGAGUGUGGUCUCUAUCAAAAUAUUUUCUGGAGUGGACCAUUCAAUUACACGAGUUGUGACGAUUCGAAAAGACGC